GCGAGGCGGUCACAACUCGUAGUCUUUUCCUUCCGAUAUUUCCCCCCCACCGAUAUUUCUACUGACCAUUUUGUUUGUUUGUUUAUUUUUUUUUUUCGUUGAGUGCGCCGUUGACGUUCCGUUUCCUUCAAAUAUCCGCCACCUAAGUCUAUUCGACCUCCCCCCAUUUAUAGUGUGAUAUGAUGGAUAGGGUGUGUCUGUACAUGUGAACUGAAUCGUGUCCAAAACGAUCGAGCGAUGAUGGAUUAAAAGAAACUAACUCAAACACGCAUUUUUUUUUUUUUUUUGCCUACAAUUUUCGCUGUCGGCUUCGUUCUGAUUCAUCUCUGGCCGCUUUCCAUCGGUGCAUUCGGGACUAAGAUCUUAUCACUACGCUCUCCCCCCGGAAGGGGAAACGGAUUCCGCAGUUGGCAUCAUGGAUCAUUGGGCAAUAUCGUCGACGAUGGCCACCGUUUUCGCACUGGCCGCCUUGACCGCAAUGCCCGGCUCAGCUCAAAUGAUGUCCAUUGAAGAGGAUAGAUUCGGACAUCUUUUCGACAUCGAUUCCGCCUCAGACGAGAUGGCCUGCUACUAUUGCGUCAACGUGACUAGCAACGACAUUUGCAACCGCUUCGCCAUUGAAAGACCCUGCCCAACAGAAGAUUUGAGCGUUUGCCACACACAUCACGUGAUGGACGGCCGAGGGAAAACGUUGGCCGUUACGAAAACGUGCGCUACUCCGCAAACAUGUUUCUCGCAAGUCGGUUGCCGUCGAGAUAAAUCAACCAAUCAGACGGUGUGCGUGAAUUGCUGCGAUUUGCAUUACUGCAACGAAGAGGUGGCGUUCAACGCAAGUACGGCCAUUUUUCACCGGUCAAACGACGAUGGCACGGCCGCCUUUUCGUCAGCGACUCACGCGCUUACUGGAACGGCUCUCAUACUCGGCCUAUUCUUCCUGUUUUCGUCAUUAACUUAAACCUCUCACUCAAAAAAAAAAAAAAAAAUGAAAAAUUCUGUGUAAAUUUCUAGAGCCAUAUCAGGAUGAAACCAAAAAAAAAAAAAAAAAAAAAUUGGCGCGGGAAAAAAAAAAAAUGAAAAAUUCGAAUUUUGUUUUGCUAUUUCACGGGGCAAAAUGAGAGAUGGAUCUAAUUUUUUAUUUUUAUUUUGGAAGAGGCCCUGUACGUAUUCGACUGGAAUGUUAUUGUGACUGCUGUUUUUCGAUUCGACUUAUCUUUCUCUCAACAAUUCGCAAGACGGGAAAACAAAAAACGAAUAGAGGGAAGCGCGAGAAAAAACUGUUGAAGCAUUCCGGUUCCUGCCGACAUGAUAAGACCCCGAACGGCACUCGUCGUGCCUUAUCAGCCGCCGUGCAGUUACACACACAAAAAAAAGAAAAAAUUGUCACGAAAAAAAACAAAAACAAAAGACAGAGACGGAAUACAAGAGAGAGUAACGUCGAGUUGCUGGGCACGACCACUACAAGUGUUUGAUGAGGCGCUAGAUUUGAACACGCUUCAUGCUCGUCUGUAUUAAAAAACAACGUUACGGCUAUCAACCCCCCCACCCUCCUCUCUUCUAGUCGUUCAUCUUUCACGCAACACUCACGACUCAGCAGCUACUUGAAUUGAUCUCAAGCUUUUCGUUUCCUCUUUUUUUUCGCCCUCCCCUCUUUAGGGCCGUGCUGCCGCAUAUUUCCUUAUCCCCCCCCCCCCCCUUCUGUUCAUCAUCUGCGGAUGUGAGACGAUUUCAACAACACCGGAUGGGAAAAACGAUCGGCGCAUACACGUACGGCCAUAUCAAUGGAUUGACGGAUAUUUUUCAACUGAUUUAAAAAAAAAAAAAUAAAAGAUGUUGAGUGUUUGGCUUACCUUUGAGAAGUUCCGGUCGUUGUAUGUCGCUGAAGGGGAAGAUGCCCGGAAGGAGACGUCCCUUUGAUUUCACGUUUCCUCGUGUCACGGACAACAACAAAAGGAGGGCCAUUUUGAACCGGAAAAAAAAAAUAGUGGGAGGAAAAAAAUAAAAUAAAAACAAACGAAAAUUGAAUUGCCAAUGUCCAACCAAAACUGAAGCUAUGAUGGAAAACUCACCGUGAUUGGUUCGUGUUGUCUUUUGCCAUGCCGAAGGGGGGGAUGAACAGGUUUCUAUGUUUUCUCACUGAUUGUCUAUUUGUACGAAACACACACACACAGUGUGUGUGUAUGUGUGUUCAAGAACAAUAUUUAACAUGCCAAUUGAUAUGCACACAUGCAGUCGAACUAAAAAAAAACAAAAAAAAAAACAUGAGACAGAUAUUAUAUUAUAUAACAAUGGGCGAUACAUACCCCGUGUUGUUUCUCUUCAGAGGAAUGGUAAGGAGAGACAUUCCGGGCGGAAUGAAAUUGAAAAUUGGGG